CACUAGGUAUGCCUCCAUUUUCAUGAACCCCACCUUUUUAUAUUUCACCAAACAUAUUCAUUCUGCUUCCAUUUCUCUCUGUUUGUUAUCUGUUGGUGGUGGUUGUUGGGUGAAAAGCUUUGUCAGGAAGGAAAUGGGCAGGAGGUGCUCACAUUGUGGGAACAUAGGCCACAAUUCUAGGACCUGCACCACUCUCAGGGGCACUACUAACACCUCUGGUGGCCGUGGCGGACUUCGGCUCUUCGGUGUUCAGCUGCAGCUAGACAUACCUUCGUCUGUUGCUGUCAAUCAUAUGAAGAAGAGUUUCAGCAUGGAUUGCUUGUCUUCUUCCUCAGCCUCUCCUUCUCCUUCUUCUUUGUCUUCCUCUCGAGUUUCCGUCGAUGAGAAUUCUGAUAAAAUCUCCAUUGGUUAUCUGUCUGAUGGUGGUCGAUUUCCCGAGAGAAAAAAGGGAGCUCCAUGGACAGAAGAGGAACACAGACUCUUUCUGGUAGGGCUUGAGAAGCUUGGGAAAGGAGACUGGAGAGGCAUCUCUAGAGACUAUGUUACCACGAGAACUCCAACCCAAGUUGCAAGCCAUGCUCAGAAGUAUUUUCUCCGACAGGCAAAGCUGGACAAGAAGAACCGACGUUCGAGCCUGUUCGACAUGGUUAGAAGCAGUAGCAUGGCCGGACCUCCUCCUAGUCUCGCAACUCCUCGAUUCGAUUCUGAUCGUCAUCGACAUCACCAUCGUCAUCCCAUGCCGGUUGACGAUUCACCUGAACUCGAGCUCACACUUGCCUCACCGAGGCCGGCUUUAGAAGAAAACAAGUCAUCCCAAUCGACCCUCCUUAUCAGUGUUACUUGACAAUAACUUUUCAGUACUUCAAGCAGAUAAAGAUGGACACAAUACUAUAGUAAUUACUAGUUAGUAAUUAGUAGUAUUUAAUGAAUUAAUCCUUCCUUUGUUAAUCAUACUUAGUAGAAUCUUCAUUUCCA